GUAAGCUUUGCCGGGUACCCAUUAUAGCAGUCUGGUGUCAUAAAAAAAAAUUCGCUUCUAUGUAAAACUGAUAUCGAAGACGGCAAAAUCCCAGACCUAUGCUAUAGUGCAGUGCAGUGCAGUGAGAGGAGACUUGGUACUAACGACUCGAGGUCCCAGAGAUUUUAGCAUCAUGGCAGGUGGAUUUGUUGACGAAUCCCAGUUUGCCCACUAUACAGGCUUUAAGAAAUACUUCAAUUCAGACACAGUCUUUGGAAAAAGAAAUUGUGUCGUUGCUGUAUAUGGCAUUACAUUCUUCUCCAUCUGGUAUGUCCGGCGAAGGAUGAAGGCCAAGAAGGCGCUAGCAGCAGCUGCCACCAAGGAGACCUCUGCGCCUGCUUCGUAAUCUCUCCCCCGUGCUUCAAUCUUUAGUCGCCUAGCCAUGGACAUCACCUCAUCAUCCCUGAACCUAACGUUAGUUCCGUCAGCAGAGCUUGGGAGAUUUGCAUAGCGUCUGCAUACACAUGAUACUUGCUUUGUCAAUGGUGUUGGGGUAGACAAACUCCAGAGUGACUCUGUAAACCCAAUACACGUAGAAUGAGUGCAUGAACUGUGACAAGAUUGAAUGUGCUGACUUAAACACAAAGAAACCACAGGAACUUCCUUCAUUUGGAAUUAAUAAAUUUGUCAAUAAAUGUAGUAUUCUGUUGGUUCAUUAAACUAAUGUUUUAGAGAGACUGUUUUUGGCCCCAUGAAAGCAUAGUUUUAGAAAUCUGUUGAAUGCCAGAAAUGAAUACUUAUUUUUCAGUCUAAAAAAUAUACUUUAUUAUUACUUGAACAAAAUGUGUACACAUAUCUGAACAUGGUAGACACAGCUAUGCUUAUACACAAAGUAGGUGAAAAUGAAUACAUUUGUACCUCAUUGCUGAAUUCACAUUGGAAAAUUUACGUUUGCCAUUUCUAGUAGUAUUUUGGUUUUGAAUUCUUGGUGUUGCAGUUUUCAUUUGAUGAUUUUUAAAUAUGUGUUCAUAUGAGUUGAGAAAGAUAACAGAAUUUGUUUGAAAUUUGAUUUCAGCUUUUGUUUCAUUUGUGAGAGAAUUUUCUUGUGUGGUUUUUCUCUCCCGAUGCCCGAAUCCUUAAAUGCAGGGGAGGGGAUGUUUUUGUACUCGUCUGUGGACGGAAAAUAGUUUGGCAAGGGUUCACACAAACUAUUAGGGUGAUUUUUAUCAACCGAUUAAGCUCAGGAACUUCCAAACAAUAUUCCAAAUGUGUGAUUUUUCCUAUAUCUUUUCUCUUGAGUAACGAGGCUUUACACCUGUUGGAAUAGUUCCGUGCAUUUUCAAGAUGCCUUCUGAAAACUUGAUAGCGUUAAAAAACUGAAGCAGCAAAUAUGGCCACUAUAAUAUUAGAUAACCAGGUGCUACACAGAAUAUAUUUUGGGGGACUUACAUUUUACAGAAAAGAGAAAUGGCUAAAACGAUUCUGUAAAAAUGAAGACUGAAUUGUGUGAACUUGAUCACAAAGAGAAAAUUCCUCGCUCCCUAUAUUGUCGCGUUGCGAAGUGUAAAAGGCGCCCUCUACAGCUGAGUAGCGCUUGGCCGGCCGGUAUCGGGUACGAUAUAGCCUUCGGGAGUUGGAGUUGUGGUAUGGUGUGUUGGAUUGAUAUGUGGAGGGACGGAGAUUAUUUUCGCUCAUUUUGUUUCACAAAAAAUGUAACUGACCAACAGGGUAUCCUUGAUAAGUCGACAAUGUUCUUAGUAGCACCAGAGCAAAAAGGGCGCGUAAUUCCGUGUUCGCUAUGCGCUUUAUAAAGAGAGUAAUUGUGUCGGUUCUUGUGCUGCUGUUUUUCACGACACUGUCAGUCAUCCACUUGCUGCGUCAAUUUGAGGCACCCGAAGAUGGAGAUGACCACCAGGUCAGAAUUGGUCCAGACCACCGCGUCAAACCUCGGAAUAAACAGACUCAGAGAGUCCCCAAACCCGGGCAUUACCAGGAUGAUUCGGGAGGCAGUCAAGGCAGUGAGUCCCAAAUUCACAAACCUCCUCUGCCUCGACCUGGAAACCGAGACGGGAAGGGGAGUAAACAGAAGCGGCCCGCAUGGGAGCGGGGGUCCGAGAUCAAGAGUGCAUGGGACGACCAAGAAGUUGUUGGGAAGGGCCAUCCAUGGCAGCAGUUUCACCGUGACAUCAGCCAGGAUGCCUUGUACAGCAAGGACACGCCCUACAUGGAUGAACUGCUGCACAACCUUGCUACAGUCAAAAUCGUCAACACCUCCAUGUUUAAGGGAGGCAGCCAGGUCAAGCUGGACUUCAGACUGGCCGACGGUAACCGGGCCAUUGUGAAGCCCAUGAGAUCACCACGGGAUUUUGUUUAUAAGUAUGACAACGAGGAGCCGUUCUGGCUGGACCAAGAGAGACACAAUGCUGAGAUAGCAGCCUUUCACCUUGACAGAAUUCUUGGUUUCAGGCGAGUGCCACCAUGUGUUGGUAGACAAAUCAACCUGACUCAGGAAGUUCUGCUCAAAUCAGAGGACCAAGAACUACUCAACACCUUCUUCUGGAAAGAUGGGAACUUGUGCUUUAUCGGGAAGUGUGCCCCAUGGUUCUGCAAUCAGGACCAUCCUAUUUGUGGCAAGGGGGAUGUGAUGGAGAUGUCCCUCUGUCAGUUCCUGCCUUCCUUUGAGGGGAGCGUCCCAGUAUUUGAACUGGAAUACCCCUGGAGUCAGGGAGUGAAAGAAUCCCUUGUGUGGAAGGGUAAAAAUAUCUGCUUAGACUAUCUAAAGGAUCCUGUCUGGACCAGAGGAAGAUUUCUCUUAGAUCUAAUAGAGCAAGGCAUUUUUGACUUCUUUAUUCGAAAUUACGAUCGACAUCACUUUGACAUGAUGCGGAGAUAUAAGAGACGGGGUUGUGUCCUGUUUCUUGACAACGGCAAAGGUUUUGGCAACCCACACGUAGAUGAUGCCACAUUCCUUGCACCAGUUUACCAAUGCUGCAAAGUACGGAGGUCAACAUACUUUCAUUUGAAAGAACUAACCCAGGCACAGUCUCGGUUGAGUGACCUGCUUCGCUCCGCCAUGUCACAUGACCCCAUCGCACCUGUCAUCACCGAGGACCACCUGCAGGCAAUGGACAGGCGACUAGAAACCGUCCUUCAGACUAUCAACAAGUGCAUUCAUGACCAUGGAGAAAGUCGAGUGCUAGUUGACCAUUUGGACAAUGAGAGACUUUGAUAUGCUGGUGGCAGCAGACAAACUAUGCCUUUUCUUCAAGGUAUUGUGCGUGCUCAGAAGUAUGCGCGCGUUGUUAUGCAUGCGUACUCAGAACAACGCGUGCAUGCUCAGAACUAGUUAAAAGGACCGGUAUGUUUGUCGCCACCAACCGUCUCAAAGUCUCCCACUGACGAUCAGUUGGCCCGCUAGGGACAGAAAAGAGACCAUAAUGCCAACACCGACAAACAUUCCACUCACCCCUUUA